GCCCGACAGCACCGCCGCCUGCCCCAGCCAUGGGUCGACAGAAGGAGCUGGUGUCCCGCUGCGGGGAGAUGCUCCACAUCCGCUACCAGCUGCUUCGCCAGGCGCUGGCUGAGUGCCUGGGGACCCUCAUCCUCGUGCUGUUUGGCUGUGGCUCUGUGGCCCAGGUCGUGCUCAGCCGGGGCACCCACGGUGGUUUCCUCACCAUCAACCUGGCCUUUGGCUUCGCCGUCACCCUAGGCAUCCUUAUCGCUGGCCAGGUCUCUGGGGCCCACAUGAACCCUGCCGUGACCUUUGCUAUGUGCUUGCUGGCGCGUGAGCCCUGGAUCAAGCUGCCCAUCUACGCCAUGGCUCAGACUCUGGGAGCCUUCCUGGGUGCCGGGAUCGUUUUUGGGCUGUAUUAUGAUGCAAUCUGGGGCUUCGCCAACAACGAGCUUAUAGUUUCGGGCCCCAAUGGCACAGCCGGCAUCUUUGCCACCUACCCCUCUGGACAUUUGGACAUGGUCAAUGGCUUCUUCGACCAGUUCAUUGGCACAGCCUCCCUCAUCGUGUGUGUGCUGGCCAUUGUGGACCCCUACAAUAACCCUGUCCCGCCUGGCCUGGAGGCCUUCACUGUGGGCCUGGUGGUCCUGGUCAUCGGCACGUCCAUGGGCUUCAACUCUGGCUACGCCGUCAACCCCGCCCGGGACUUCGGCCCUCGCCUUUUCACAGCCAUUGCCGGCUGGGGCCCAGAAGUCUUCACGACCGGCCGCCACUGGUGGUGGGUGCCCAUCAUCUCCCCACUCCUGGGUUCCAUCGCGGGUGUCCUCGUGUAUCAGCUCAUGAUCGGCUGGCACCUGGAACCACCUCCACCCUCCACCGAUGAGGAGAAUGUGAAGCUGUCCCACGUGAAGCACAAGGGGCAGAUGUGAAUGGGCAGGGGCCUCCCCCUCAACCCCUCUCAUAAGCAUCCUUUGACUGUGCAGGGGCUGCUUCCUAGAAGCCCUCUUCACGACACCCCUCCCAGGCUAAGAAGCUCCUUGUCUACCACCGCCCCUCUAGAAAGCCCCCUUCAGGAUUUUCCAUCCUGAAGGAAAUAGGAUCCAAUAGGACCGCUGGCCACUGCCUGUAAGCUGGUGGCACAGGGAGUAGGGCCAAUCUAGUCCUUUGUCUCUCAAAGAGAGAGAAUGGGCAGCAGAUGUGUGCGUGUGCGUGUGCGUGUGUGUGGUUUUCCAGAUAUUCAGGACAAAGGACCAAGUGGAAAGGAUUCUAUCUGUGGGCGUGUGGGGGAGGCCCGGAGGGAGGGAGGGUGUUGUGUCUGUCUAUGAGUGAGGAAAGCACCAGGGAUCUGCAUGUUUCAGGGGCUCCAUGUGGAGGAGGGUCCAGGUACCUGUGUUUCUUAGUAUGUGUGUGUCUGCUGUUUUUCUACACAGGGGGCUUCUAUAGGCUUUGGGGGAGGUAGGGUGGGAAUAUGAGUAGGGCUAGGAGGAGGGGACCACAGCCCAGAUGAGGAGCUCUAGCUAUUCAUACAUAAGUAAGAGCGGAGUGAUGUGUUUCUGUCACGAUGGAGGCAUGAGGUGGGUGGGGUGAAGUCCAGGUCAUAAGUUUCACGUUUGCUCUUUAAAAAAAGAAAAAAAAAGUAUAUAUAUAUAUAUAUUUGUGUGUGUGUCUGUGUGUGUGUGUGUGUGUGUGUGUAUGUAAAAAUAUUACAGUUUUAGGGAUGGGGUUGGGAGACUCUAAUAGGCUCUUCAUUCCUUUUUUUUUUUCCUUCACUCCUUUAAUCCUCAACUCAUGUACUCUUUUGCCUUUUAUAAAAAAAUAAUAAAAUAUAUGCCAAUUGUGUAAA